AGUCGAUCCUCUGCACUCGUCUCGAGAAGACCUGCUUGGAUAGUCAGUCUCUCAGGGACAGCUGUGCCAGUGUAUCGCCAAUUCAUUGCAUUCUUUUAUCCCUUUCGUUUUUCGAUCAUCGUUUCCUCGCCGGCAACGAGUUGAGACGAGGUGAACAGUUUGUGUGAAAAGUUGGAUUCCAUAUCCUGCCAAGGAUUCUCUUAAGUGUUGAUCGAGCAGCGAUGCAUUUAGUACAUUGAGAGAUACUGGAGCCGUCGCAAAUUACCAGCAGACGCGACGACGUCCCUUCGCCUCUUCUGUAAGCUAUCUUAGCCACGACAUGAGAGGUAACUGGGAUCAAAUGGAGCCGCGGACUCUGGCCCCGGAGCAGGACCAGCAGCUCCUUCAGCAGCAGCAAGCUAUGCCGGCCACUCAGUCCGGUCAGGUUCAAGAACAGCAAGCGACCCAGCUACCGCCGGCGCAGCCGAAGCAGCAGCAGCAGCAGCAGCAGGCGGCGUCAACCACGCCCGGCUGGGAUAAAAUCGUAGUGAAGGAUGAGCCGGCCGACGACAAGAACAACGACUCGGGCAUCUCGCCCGGGCACUACACCAGCGGCUCGGGCUCGCCCCAGAGCCGUCAGUCGCCCAGGACGGCCUCCAAUGGCAGCAACACGCCCGAGAGCAUGGUCUCUCACGACUCGAACGACGUCCAGACGAACGUCUACCACAAGUACAGGCCGCAAAGCACAACUCCACCGAUGAUGGACUUCCAAGCGACGCUCGACUACGCGAACGCACGCCUCGGUCAGCAACCCCCCGUACAGGCUCCACGUAGGAGGCCAAACUUCCCGGUCAACGUGGAAACCGUCACCUCCGUGGAGGCCCUCGGAUUCGAGCUGCCCGAGCAGCUCGACUACUCGAGCGAGCCGCUUGAGUGCCCGGUCUGCCCCUUCACAUCGUUGAGAAGGAUUGUCUUCAGCGAGCACAUUAGAACGCAUUGCCCCGUUGCCGCAGAGCUCUGCAGGCCGUACGAGUUCUCGAGGUCGUUGGUGAAGCAGCUCUUAGGCGCUGCAAAUAUCAACAACAUCGACAGAAUCGCCCCGACUCUUGAGGAUUACGACCUGAUCGGCACCAGCGAUCACGACUUCCGCACGCCCAAGCUCAGCCAGAACAAGGUGAAGGUCUACCGCUGCAAGCAGUGCGGCUUUGUCGCCAUGAGCAAGGUCGACUACUGGCGGCACACUCGCCAACACAUCAAGCCCGAGAAGCUGCUCACCUGCCCACACUGUUCCUUCAUCACCGAGUACAAGCACCACCUUGAGUACCAUCUGCGCAACCACUUCAAGUCCAAGCCCUACAAAUGCGACAAGUGCACCUACGCCUGCGUCAACAAGUCGAUGCUCAACAGCCACCUCAAGUCGCACUCGACGGUCUACCAGUUCAGGUGCUGCGACUGCUCCUACGCCACCAAGUACUGCCACUCGCUCAAGCUGCACUUGCGCAAGUACGACCACCAGCCCGCGAUGGUUCUCAACCCCGACGGCUCGCCGAACCCGCUGCCGAUCAUCGACGUCUACGGUACCAGGCGCGGGCCAAAGGCCAAGCCCAGGAAGGAGGACGAGCCCCAGCCCUCGACCAGUAGCGCACCCGUAGCCGUCGCGCCAAUGCAGCAGCCGCAGCCGCAGCCGCAGCCGCAGCUGCAGCCGUUCCAGUUCAACCCGCUGAACGGCUUCCAAGGCUUCAACGGGCAGGCCCUGCCAUCCGCCCCCGCGCUCCUUGGUUUCCCCUACAACCCCAUCUUCGCCGGCUUCCCCAUGGGCAAUCCCUUCGAUCUGAAGGCUAGGCUCAAUGCCAUGGGUCAGAUGCUUUCCGAGGCGGGGGCUCGCAGUCCCCCCGCGCCCGAGAGCUACUUCAACGUUAACGCCAAGCCGGCCACCGUCACGAGUCAAGACUUGAUACCGAUCGUCAAGCUGGAGGAGUACGAGCCCAACGAGUCGUCGGAUCCCCUGGAUCUGAGCAAGCCCGAGAACACCGCCCAAGACCUGAGCGCUAACGCAACCCAGGCUCCCGAGGCAGUUGCCUCUACCUCUGCAGCAGCAACGAUUUCAUCUGCGACUCCCGUCAAAUCGCCCAAGGACAGUCGCGCCAACCGGCGCAAGGGACGCGCCUACCGGGUCGAUCGCCACUUCGUAGGCUACAACGACGCCGACGAGGAGAUGCCCCAGGAAGCUCAGCGCAGCCCACCCCCCGAGAGUCUGGAGGUUCAGCCUCCGAUCUGCUCGCCCGCCUCGUCGUCCGGCGACUCCAAGGAGUCCCACAACUCCAAGGAGUCCCACACCUCCAAGGAGUCCAACACCUCCAGCAUCAGCAACGACUUCGUCUGCCACUACUGCGAUAUCAGCUUCGGCAACGAGGUCAUGCACUCCGUGCACAUGGGCUAUCACGGCUAUCAGAACCCCUUCACCUGCAACAUGUGCGGUCUACCUUGCACCGACAAAGUCACGUUCUUUCUCCACAUCGCUCGCGUCAAGCACUAAGCUUUCCGAGCUGAAGGUCGCAGCUUUUUUUCUUACUUUUUUUUUACAAUCGUACUUUUAUUUUUUCCCGAGCUGCGCGGCGAGCCGAAAGAGAGAUGGAGACGACAGAUGGGGCGAUUUUGUCGAGAGUUUUUUUUUUAUUGUUAUUUUUAUUUUCUCCAAAUGCGAACUGAUUUGUGCGUGUAUAUAAGAUUAUUAUGUAUUUUCGCGAGUUUCGUGCGCUCAUAUAAGUGGUCUCGUUUAAUUGACGGACGCGGACACUUGAAUUGUAGCUCUUAUUUUUGAAUGCAAAGAUCAGCGUGCAAGCAAGGGUCCAAAUAGAUAUAUUUCGUAAUAUGUCGCUGUAAAGACGGGAUAAAAAAUUUAUAAAUUU